AGCAUACAGUUUUUCUCUGUGCAAAAUAAAAAUAAAAAUGUCCACUGAUAAAAUGGGCGUUGCAGCUUCAUUGGAUAAAUACGGAGAGGAAGACUUAUUCAGUUUGCUAGUGCGUUAUGGCCUCUUUAUUGGGGCCAUAUUUCAGUUUGUUUGCAUCUCGGCUGCUGUUUUGAUGAGCGGCAACGAAACCGUCGACCCCAUUGACGAGAGUUGUCUCAUCGAUGAGGCUGCACCGGGCACGGGAAAUGCUGCACGCCGUCUGCACAAGAUACGCAAGUUGGAGAAGAAGAAACGACGUUAGAUGCCACACCUUCAUAACAAGAUAUCCAUAAUGUAUUCAAAUAUUUUCUAAUUAUUCUCUAAGUGUGUGUGUCUACUACUAGUCUUUAUAAUAAAACUAUCUUAUUUGGCUGUAAA